AUGGCGUCGGCGCCGGUCCUCACACUUCCGAAAGACCUCACGGCAGACGUCCCGUCGUCCGACAUUUGCCAAGCCUUUGAGAACCUGAAGCGGCAGCACGCUGCGAUCCACGACAAGCGCCUCCAGCUCUCGCGGAGCCUCGAGGCCGACCACGCCAACGACGACCGCACCCGGCGGCCCAGCGACGAGUACAACGAGCUCUUCGAGGGCAUGGGUCAGUUUACAAUUGACGCCAUGACGUACACGUCGCUUGCGCUGCCGACCUCGAUCGACGACCUCGGGCUUGUCAUUGCGACCCUCAAGCAGCAGCGCAUGCACUUGGACGAACGCCGAAACCGCGUGGUCCAAAGCAUUCUGGAGCCUCCGACAUCCAAGGCCCACGACGAGUUUGCUCGCCUCUUUGCCGACAACCGCAUCCCGACGCCGCGGCACAAGAGCUCUGUAUCAAGUCGAUAG